CAUGAUGUUAGAGUCACAAGUUUUAUAUUUUUAUCAUCUCUUGACUACUUUCACGGUUGUCCUCAACCGUCAAAAUGGCCUCAGAUGCACUCUCCAGAGUGCUCGCGAGGUUGCAGAAUCUGCCUGUGAUGUCUCUGCCCACAGAUUAUCCCCGAUCGACUGGUGCUAAUAAACUCAUCGAAGCCGCUCAUCUAGCAGAUCUUUCAGAACAGACCUCGCUCAGUCUUUUGAAGCUUGCACUUCAUGCAGAGACCGAAGAUGGCGAAGACGACGAGAAUAGAUCUUCUGAAACUAGACCAUCAGCCUUCCAUCUACUACUCUCCGCUUUUCUCGUCCUCCUACACAGGUACACUGGCGAUACGGACUUCGUGAUCGGCUCCUCUUCUGCCGCUGCAAGCUCUCCUUUGAUUCUUCGACUUUCUGUGGACCCAUCAGAUUCAUUCUGGACUAUCGUGCGUCGUGUUCAGCACGUCGAACGUGAGGCCGAAGCAGACCUGCUGCCCUAUGAGACCAUCGUACGGGCUUUACACAAGGACAAAGACGACUCUGUAGAAGCAUCCCGUCCCCUCUUUCGUGUUCGUUUCUUUGAUGAAACAGAUCAGCCACGGGAUAACUUUAUCAGAUCUACCAGCUUAACGUCGGAUCUUACUAUCUUCGUCACGCGACCCCCCACUACCACACGCGCCUCCUUAGCUCCCCAUAUCUCCCUUCGAAUCCUCUUUAACUCCUUGUUGUUCACAUCUGCUCGCAUAUCAUUCAUCGUCGAACAGCUCUCCGUGCUUCUAAGGAAGGUUUCCGCUAAUCCAACUGCCUCAGUCGGGUCUGUUCCACUCUUGACGACCGCACAACGCGAACGCUUGCCCAACCCAACAGCAGAUUUGCAUUGGUGUGACUGGAAGGGAGCCAUCACAGAUGUGUUCUCCCGCAAUGCGCAGAAAUGGCCUGAUAGGCCAUGUAUCAUUCAAAGCAUACCUGCCUCGAUUCCUAGCGAACCGCAGACAAGGCGAACUUUCACUUACGGAGACAUCCGAAGAGCUUCCAACAUCCUAGCGCACCACCUCCUAGCAGGUGGUGUGAAGAGGGAAGAAGUCGUCAUGAUCUACGCACAUCGGAGCAUCGAGCUUGUCGUAGCUGUCAUGGCAGUUCUCAAAAGCGGCGCCACGUUCUCAGUCAUAGAUCCUGCAUAUCCGCCUUCACGUCAAAUAAUAUACCUUCGGGUAGCUCAACCUCGUGGCCUGGUUGUCCUCUCAGGAGCAGGCAAAAUUGCACCCCCUGUGCGCGAAUUUCUAUCCAUGGAACUCAAGAUCCGUGUCGAGGUACCCGCCCUUGAGAUUACCCCUACCGGCCACAUACUUGGGGGCGCGAACGACGGAAUCGAUGUCUUGAAGUCGCAGAUCCGUCUUGCAGAAACGGAUCCUAAUGUCAUCCUAGGACCCGAUAGCAUCGGUACACUUUCCUUUACCAGUGGAAGCACUGGUAUCCCCAAGGGCGUUCGAGGACGCCAUUACAGUCUCACACAUUUCUUCCCUUGGAUGGGCAACCGCUUCUUGCUCACCGAAGCCUCCAAGUUCACAAUGCUAAGCGGUAUCGCACACGAUCCCAUCCAGCGUGAUAUUUUCACGCCCCUGUUCUUGGGCGCAGAGCUUCACGUACCCACUGCAGACGAUAUCGGCACACCCGGCCGUCUCGCAGAAUGGAUGGACGACAGCAAAGUCACGGUCACGCACCUAACUCCCGCCAUGGGCCAGUUGCUCUCCGCACAAGCUACACGCCAAAUCCCUUCCCUACGAAACGCAUUCUUCGUCGGUGACGUUUUGACCAAGCGCGACUGCCUCCGCCUCCAGGCGCUCGCCACGAACGUGCAGAUCAUCAACAUGUAUGGCACGACAGAGACGCAGCGCGCUGUAUCUUACUUUGCGAUUCCACCCUUGUCCGUGGACGCGACUUUCCUUGCCACUCAGAAGGACAUCAUGCCUGCUGGAGAGGGCAUGGUUGACGUGCAGCUCCUUGUUGUCAACCGCAGCGACAGAAACGUCCCUUGCGCAGUUGGAGAAGUCGGAGAGAUAUAUGUGCGGUCUGGAGGUUUGGCGGAGGGAUACCUCGAUACCGAAGCCACUGCCGAGAAGUUCGUGAACAAUUGGUUCUCUCCUUCUACUCUACCCUGGAAGGACACCAUUUUGCAUCCGCCUCAGGGCCUCGCUGGACCUGAGUCACGUCAUUGGAAGGGCAUCCGUGACCGGAUGUAUCGUUCGGGCGAUCUCGGUCGGUAUCUCCCUGAUGGGCGUGUUGAAUGCACAGGACGUGCAGAUGACCAGGUUAAGAUCCGUGGUUUCAGGAUCGAGCUUGGGGAGAUUGAUACGUUGAUGAGCCAACACCCGCUCGUGCGCGAAAAUGUCACACUCGUGCGGAGAGACAAGGACGAGGAGAAGAUCCUCGUCAGUUACUUCGUGCCUCUGCAGGGAUCUAAGCUGGAUGGCUUUGCCAGCGAGCACACGGAGGACGAUGACAAGAUCGAUGGCAAGAGUCCGAAGUAUAGACGGCUCAUCAAGGAUAUUAGAGAGCACCUCAAAAAGAAACUGCCUAGUUACAGCAUACCAACAUUGUUCGUCCCGCUGCAUCGCAUGCCCCUCAACCCUAACGGUAAAAUAGACAAGCCCGCGCUUCCCUUCCCCGAUACAGCACAUGCACACGCUGCGUACUCCGAACCCAAAAAGACUGUUAACGGGCGCACAGCGAGCCCUACCGAACAAACCAUGCGCACUAUCUGGGCCAGUAUCCUCCCGAAUGCGCCCACACCAAUCCCCCUCGACGAAAGCUUCUUCGAUCUCGGUGGUCACUCCAUCCUUGCCACGCGUCUCAUCUUUGAGGUCCGCAAAGUCUUUGUCGUCGAAGCUCCACUGGGCCUUAUCUUCGACCAGCCGACAAUCACCGGCCUCGCUUCGGCGUUAGAUGCGCUUCGUAACCCGAACUUUGGUAUCGCAUACGGGGACGCUGAGACGCGCCCUGCGACGCCUGUCGUGGAUGGUGUCAAGGCACCUGCGAAACUAUCCGCUGCUAUUCAGUACGGACAAGACUAUGAGGCACUUGUUCAACGCUUGCGACCCUCAUACUCACCGAUGUCUGAGGACUUCAAGUCUGGUGCUGUUACUGUGUUCUUGACAGGUUCUACAGGCUAUCUCGGAGCCUUUGUCCUGCGUGACCUCCUUCAGCGUCUUGAUAGGGUUCGAAAGGUCAUCUGUCUCGUACGUGCGCCCAGCGUCGAACAAGGUGUGGCGCGCCUUCGAGAAGGGUCUACUGAUCGUGGCGUUUGGGAUGAGCAGUGGCUCACAUCGGGUAGACUCGAGGUGGUGGUUGGAGACCUUGGCCUUGAUUUGUUUGGUAUGGGUGAUGAAGUAUGGUCACGAGUCGCUGCUGAGGCGGACGCUGUCUUGCACAACGGUGCCCUGGUGCAUUGGGUGUAUCCCUACGAGAAGCUUCGUGCACCGAACGUGAUCGGCACCCUGACUGCUGUGGAACUCGCCUCGACGAAGAAGCAGAAAUCACUUGUUUUCGUUUCAUCAACAUCGGCGAUCGACACCGAGCACUACGUGCAGCUGUCUGAUUCUCUGGGACAAUCCCAAGAGUCGCGGAGAGGGAUUCCGGAAGAUGACGACCUCGAAGGUGCGAAAUUGGGUCUCAAGUCCGGCUAUGGCCAGAGCAAAUGGGUGUCCGAGAAGUUGCUCUUUGAAGCUGGAAAGAGGGGCUUACGGGGCCAUAUCGUGCGGCCUGGCUAUAUUGUUGGCGACUCGCACACCGCAGUGACAAACACCGACGACUUUAUUUGGCGCAUGGUCAAGGGAUGCGUUCAGCUCGGUCUUGUCCCAGAUAUCAACAACACCGUGAAUAUGGUGCCUGUGGAUCAUGUUGCUCGCUGCACUGCCCUCGCUGCCGUGGAACCCCUGCCGAAUGCCGCACAAAGCGUAUUACACAUCACUGCGGCGCCCCCUCCAACGUUCAACGCCAUCCUCUCGUCAUUGGCCGAGUACGGGUUCCCUACACAACAAUGCGAGUAUCUAAUAUGGCGUCGCAAGCUGGAGCAGCACGUCAUGGAAGUCCAAGAUAACGCCCUAUUCCCACUUCUUCAUUUCGUCCUCGAUGACUUGCCGACGAGCACAAAAGCCCCCGAGCUUGACGCCACUAACACCAUGGCGUUGCUGCGCUCCCAAGGGCAGCCAUGUACAUUCACCGUUUCGGAUCAACUGAUGGGAAAAUACCUCGCGUGGUUAGUUGGAGCGGGUUUCUUGCCAGCGCCGUCUUCGUCAGCGCCAAACAAGGCGUUGCCCCAGUUGGCUAAUGGUACCGCCAUCAAAGCUGCAGGUCGGAGUGGUGCUUGAGUGGCAGGUUGGAUAGGCAAUUUAUUCAUGCUGUUAUUGGUGUUUUCGUGCGAAGAACGACGAGAAAGACUGUCGUAUUGCCU